UUCAGUUUUCUGCUGUUUUUAAAGUUUGACUGAAGACUGCAGUGGAGUGUGAUUUGUCCUCUCAGCUUGACCUGCUUCUUGAGGACAAAACUUCACAGCACACUAGAAGAGAUUUUCUUGCUUGUUAUUGAGCAAGAGGAGACACUGGAGACGAUGAUGGAGACAAAUAAAAGACGUGUGCUGUCUCUUCUCCUGAUUGUAGUGUGGUUGCUAAAGUUUGGCCUAAUCUGUGGUAGCAAUGCAUCUCAUACUGACACCUCGGGGAGCGAAGGGGCUCCGAAACGUCCGUCACGCUCUUCUGAGCCCAAAGCUGGCCGUUGCUCAUACACGUUCAUCGUUCCCCAGCAGAAGCUCAAGGGUGCCCUGUGUGUGAGCACCGAGACUGCACGGGCCAAUGGGUCUGAGACCGCCGACCUGCGUGCUCAACUCAAUAACCAACAGGAGCAGCUGGAAAGGUUGCGUGUACGCCUGGAACAGGAGGGCGCGUUGGCAAGCGAGGUGAACACCCUGCGCAGAGAGAGCAGCACAAUGAACGCCCGGAUAACCCAGAUGUACGCCCAGCUGCUCCAUGAAAUCCUUAACAAGCAGGAGCAGGCAGUAGAGCAGCGGCGUCUGGAGGAGCUGCUCCUGAAUACCACAUUGCAGGUGCUGCAGAUAUCCAACAGUUACAGAGAGCUGGAGAGGAAGUACGAGGCACUUACGUCUCUGGUGAACAACCACAGUCAGCUAAUGACGCAGUUUGAGAAAAGGUGUCAGAUCAGCAAACCAGAGCAGGAGGCCGAAUCAUCAGCGCUCGGUCAGUCCAGCUCCGGGCCUAAACACGAGGGCAAGAACAUUCAGCGAGACCAAAGCGCCUCACUGCAACAGAAACAAGAGCUGCAGGAGAUGCAUGGACUUCUCACCACAGACGCAGAUCUCCAUACAAACGCACCGUUCAUCAGUUUCCCUGCCACUAAAUCACCAGGGCCAUGGCAGGACUGCCAGCAUGUUCUGGACUCAGGAGAAAGCACCAGUGGCAUCUACCUGCUGCGUCCACGCAACAACAACCGUCUGUUCCAGGCAUGGUGUGACCAGAACCGUGCUCAGGGAGGCUGGACCGUCAUCCAGAGAAGACUAGACGGCUCUGUCAACUUCUUCAGGAACUGGGAUCAGUACAAGCAAGGUUUUGGGAAUCUGGAUGGUGAGUACUGGUUAGGUCUGGAGAAUCUCUACUGGCUGACAACACAGACUUCCUACAAGCUCCGAGUGCACAUGGAGGACUGGCAGGGCCGGCACGCGUUCGCAGAGUAUGACAGCUUCUACAUAGAGCCUGAGAGCGACUGGUAUCGCCUGAGACUGGGAUCCUACCAGGGCACCGCUGGUGACUCGCUCUCCUGGCACAGCAAUAAAGCUUUCACCACUCUUGACCGUGACAAGGACGCCUACUCAGGUAACUGUGCUCAUUUCCAGAAGGGGGGCUGGUGGUACCACAUGUGUGCUCACUCAAACCUAAAUGGGGUUUGGUACAGAGGAGGUCAUUACCGUAGCCGCUAUCAGGAUGGUGUUUACUGGGCGGAGUUCCACGGAGGCUCGUACUCUCUUAAGAGGGUCACCAUGAUGGUGAAACCCAUUCAGAACAUUCAAUUACUGGUGAAGUGAAGACAGAUCUGUACAGUUGGGCCAACGUCAGAGGAACAGAAAACACCAAGUCAGCAGUAAAUCCAUUGUGUUUCAACCUAAUGGAAUUGAUGACUGCAUCUGUUUGGAGCAUAGAAUUUAACUGAACGUUUUCUAUCAUUACUCAGAAACAAUACAGAUGAUAAUGAGCAGUUGCUGAAUGAAGUGCUGUGUUGUUGACUCAUUGUCAGUGCUGUUACUACAGUAGAUGACUUUUAUGCAUUAGCUCCCCUAAAUAUUUGUUAUCUCCUUUAAUGAAUGUGCAUAAUUAGUUUUUAUAUCAACAUAUAACCUGAUUAUUUUAAUCACUUGAUCAAUUUUUUAAUCAUGCUGCCAUGUUUCUUAAUGCAUACUGGAGCCUAUUCAGAAAUCUCCUCCCAUGCUUAAUUCAUAAGAGCACUGUAUUAAUAACAGUAAAAGUGCAAAAGUCGUUUUUUUCCCCCCUGAUAUAAGAGUCAUUUAACAUACAGUAUGAAUUUGAACCAACUGAUAACUGUAUAUGUGUUGGACUUUUUCAUAUUAACUGACCUCCUUUAAGCCCCUCCUCCUUUCUCCAUCCUCAUUUAGGAAUCUUACAGCCAGGAAUCUAGUCUUAAACUGGUUUUCCCACUUUCUGUCAAGGUCAAAGACAUUAAAAUGACAUAAUUAAAGACAUAAUGUUUUAUCAUUAAU